UAUCAUAUGACUGUCACAAUUCUGGACUAAAUCUUAUUUCAUUGCACUAUCAUCUUCUCUAGCACUCUCUGCUCGUCUCUCAAUGGCUCACUGGUUCCACAGGAAUCCUAUAAAAGCUACACAGCCCAUGAAAUUUGAUGGACUAAAGAAAUGUGCCAAAGGAAGCAAAUGUGAUGAAUUAAUAACUCAGUUAAAGGUCACCAGACAGAGGCUGUUAGAACUAUUUAAUAAUCAUGCCAAUUCAGUCGAAGACCUAACUGUUGCAUUUACAGAAUACAUUGGUCUCAUUCGAGGACUAGUUGAUGCUCCUAAUGGAGGAGACAGUAAACUACGCACUCAGACCUUGUUCAAGUGGACGAAUACUCUUGGCGGGCGAGUCCCAAGUAUUCACUCAGAUGCCAUGUUUGAGCUGAUUGCAAUAGUAACCAACAUGGCCAUAUGGCACUCAAAACACGCCAUGCACUUGGCAUCAAGCGAUGAGAUAUCAAUGGAGGUUGCUAAAGAGGUCCAUCGCAGUUUAAAGAUAUCGGCCGGGAUGUUCCUACACAUCAAAGAGAACCUUCUCUCUCGACUCCCAGCCUCGCCUGAGAAAGGUGUUGAUACAGACUCAAGAGUCAUUGAUGCUUAUGCACAGCAAUCUCAGGCUGAGGCACAGGAAGUGACAGUGGCAAGAGCUCUUGAGCUGAACCAUAAAGCCUCAAUUAUUUACUCACUCUCACUGGAGACUUCAAAUCUAUUUGUAUUAGCAGCUGAUGCCCUUAAGACACUAGACCAGACUCAGUUUGGCAAGUGGACAGCUUAUCUUCAGCUCAAAGGAUCAAUAUAUGAAGCAUAUGCAUAUUGCUUUUAUGGUAAAGAAUUACUGGAACAGGAGAAAUGUGGAGCUUCUGUCCGUGUCCUACAGCACAGCAAGUUUUUAUGUGAAUGUGCUACUAAAAUAUGCGGAAAGUAUGCAAAGACAAAGGGAGCAGGGACCAUAGCUAAGCCGGAGUAUCAUCCAUUCUUUCAGAAACUAGCACCAAUGAUUAAGCUACACUUGGACAAGAGCGAGAGAGAAAAUGGAUUCAUAUACUAUCAGACUGUCCCCAGCGAGUUACCUGAGAUACCAAAGCAACAAGUAUUUGGUCUAGCAACUCCUGAAGACUUCACUCUCCCUCCUCACCACCCACUAUGGACUGAAGAGGUGUAUGCUGCUUUUAAUGUACCAGAAGGAUCAGGGCAAGGAGAAGGACCCACCUAUGAAUCAAAGGCUGCUGCCAGUCAGGAGGAAAUAGCUCCAGUCCCAGAGCCAGACAUUGCACCGGCAAAGCAUCCACAACCUAAGACAGAAUCAGGCUGCAUCCUUCAAUAAUAACUAAAUAUUAUCACAAAUUGACAUUGUGUAGUGAUCCCUACAGUUACUGUGGCCAAGGCCUCACCCUUUUCGCAUGUAAUAAUAAUUUAUGUGUCUCUGUAAUGUAUAUUGUCUCUAUUGUGUCAAUAAAUUAAUUGAUAAAUUGCAUAUUGUUUAACUUUAAAA